UGUCCCCACAUUAUGUAGAGAGCAUUAAUUAGCAGCCAUGGAAUUGCAUAGCAUCCCAAGUCCACGCUCUCAUGGCCAUGCCCAUGGUCCUCUCCCUCUCUAUCCACCCAUCAAAACCUCUGCAAAAACCCAAUUCAAUCUCUGCCCAACCCAAUUCUCUUUCCAGAAGAUUAGUGUUCCUCACUGGUUCUACUUUAUUCCUCUCUCAAUCCCCUGUAUUAAUUCCAAUAUCCGCCGACGCCCACACCAAUUCCUCAACUUUCCUUUCAGGCAUUGUCAAUACUAAAUCUUGGUUCCAGUUCUACGGGGACGGUUUUUCCAUUCGUGUCCCACCUGAAUUUCAGGACCUCACUGAGCCUGAGGAUUAUAAUGCUGGCCUAUCACUCUAUGGAGAUAAGGCUAAGCCCAAGAAAUUUGCAGCGCGUUUUGCUUCUUCUGAUGGAUCCGAAGUUUUAAGUGUCAUAAUUCGCCCAUCUAAUCAGCUGAAGAUCACCUUCUUAGAGGCCAAAGAUAUUACUGAUUUAGGUUCACUCAAGGAGGCAUCCAAAAUAUUUGUUCCAGCUGGCUCAACACUAUAUUCUGCCCGCUCAAUAAAAAUUAAAGAAGAUGAAAAUUUCAGGACAUACUAUUUUUAUGAAUUUGUCAGAGAUGAGCAACAUGUUGCAUUAGUGGCUGCUGUUAACAGCGGAAAGGCCUUCAUUGCUGGAGCCACUGCCCCCAAAAGCAAUUGGACCGACGAUGGUUUGAAGCUCCGAUCUGCUGCAGUAUCAAUAACAGUUCUAUAAGCAGAAUACAAUAAUUGAGCAGGUGCUUUCAAGGCUAAAUAUUGAAGAAUGGACCUUAAAAAGACAAAAUCAAAGCAUGAGAUGGAAAGUAGGAGUUUUAAAAGUGAAGUUGGCUAGCAAAAUUGAAGAAUUUGUAUUGGAAUGAAGCAAAUCCACGUCGCGCAGAUGAUCCUAGAAUGAAGGCCUAAAUUAAUGGAAAUCUUCACCAAACUAGUUGAGUCCGCGCCAGGUCCGCGAGUUGAUGAGUAAUGUAAUUUUGCUGAGGAGAUGAAGGUUGCAGAACUGUUAAGUAAUGAAACAAGUCCGUGUCAUGGACUUCAGUGUCAAUUAUGGAUUUUUGCAAAUUUCGAGACUGUAAAUAUCACACUUGUAAUUUUUAUUAGAGUAGUCAGUCUUUUAUUUUUGGAGAACCACGGUAACAGUGAAGAACACUUCUUAGUGUUAUUAUUUUUUAUAUAUUCUUUCUUAAUUUCUAA